GUCGCGCGCACAGCUCAUACAAUAACACAUGCACGCACGCACGCGCCGGCACACGCACGCUCCGCGUUAAUCCUUCUCCCGCAGCAGUUUGGAUGACAGUUGGGGUUUUUUGCCGAGAAGCGGACAACGAUUUUUGUUCGUGCAUCCAGGUGCCUUGAAACUCUGUCUGGCCGAACUCCACUGAUAGCACUGAAAAAUGAAGAUCUGGCUUGUACUUCUUGGAGCUUUUCUGCCCAUUAUUCAGGCCGUUUGUCCAGACCAGAUGCCCGGGUUGCAGUCCUGGACUCCCGGCUUCAGCGAAUCUCACCGCGUCACCAUCGGCUACGGCCGUAAACUGCUUCUUACCUCCUCUGCCACCGUCCACUCCAUCGAGAUCCUCAACGGAGGAAAGCUUGUGAUCGCCGACACUAACCAGCCCAUCUUACUUCGUGCCAAACACAUCCUCAUUGGGAACAACGGCGAGCUGCAUAUCGGCAGUCCUGAGUGUCCAUAUAAAGGAAACCUCACCAUCUCGCUCUAUGGCAGAUCUGAUGACAUCGAUGAUGACCACAGUUAUUUUGGGAGAAAGUAUGUUGGUGUAGGAACAGGAGGGACGCUGGAGAUUCACGGUGAGAAGAAGCUGUCGUGGACGUUCCUUAACAAAACGCUACAUCCUGGAGAAGGAAAUGAAAACAGCUACUAUUUUGAGAGGAGCUGGGGCAACCGAGGCAUCAUCGUCCACGUCAUCGAGCCCACAACAGGAGAAGUGCUACGCACUGAUAGGUUUGACACAUACCGGAGUAAGGACGAAAGCAGGCGCCUGGCCCAGUAUGUAGAGACAGUGGAGGAUGGUCAGAUCCUGGCCAUGAUGGUGAACGAUGAGGGCUCGAACAACCUUGAGGACUCAGCUAGGAAAACUCUGGCCAAGCUGGGCAGCCGUCAUUUUCAUCGGCUUGGCUUCAGGCACCCGUGGAGUUUUAUUACAGUGAAAGGGGAUACGUCGUCAGUGGUGGAGGAUCACGCCAUUUAUCAAGGAACCAAAGCAUCAUCAGAGGCUAGGAGCUCUCGUUCUUUCCACUCGGGUUAUGGUGAACACUUCGUCGUCACCACUGUCAGUCAGUGGGUGCAGGAGGCUGAGUGGACGGAGUGGUUUGAUCGUGAUGAUGAGAGAGGCUCAGGAGAUUGGGAGAAGCUUUCCGACCUUCAUAAGGCUUUCCCAGAACGUCUGUGCAGCAACCCCCUGGAUAUUGAGGCUGAAACUGUCGAUGGUGUCCCUGCAAACAUGACUGGUGACGUGUUCUCCAAAUUUGACAAGAACUAUGGCCUUGUGUGUCUCAAUAAAGACCAGCAGGGAGGGAUCUGCCGCAACUACCGCAUCCGCUUCCUCUGCGGAAAACUCGUGCGUCCACAGGCCUCCAUCUCCAUAGACACCCUCUCGAACUGCAGUGUGCUGUUCCUGGCGGACGCAGCGCUCGGAUGGCAGCCUGGGGAUCGUUUAGUGGUGUCCAGCACGGAUUAUUCCAUGUACCAGGCUGAAGAGUUUAGCGUCCUGCCCUGUGCCACCUGUACUGCACACCAGGUCAAAGUAGAAGGUAAGCCUGUGUUCCUGCACAUGGGCGAGAUGGUGGAUGGGGUGGACAUGCGGGCAGAGGUGGGUCUCCUGAGCCGCAACAUCCUUAUCCGUGGGGAAAUGGAGGCUUCCUGCUAUGGCUCUGAGCUGUGCAAGUUCUUCAGCUUCGACACUUUCGGCGGUCACCUCAAGGUGGAGCAUGGUUUUAAAGCAGUGCACAUCCAAGGGGUGGAGUUCAUGCACAUGGGACAGCAGUCUAUGGGUCACUACCCUGUGCACUUCCACAUGAACGGAGAUGUGGAUGAGAGAGGAGGAUACGACCCACCCACCUAUGUGAAGGACCUGUCUAUCCAUCACAGUUUCUCCCGCUGCGUCACCAUACAUGGGUCCAAUGGUCUGCUGGUAAAGGAUGUGGUGGGCUAUGACGCGCUGGGUCACUGUUUCUUUACCGAGGAUGGCCCAGAGGAGAGGAAUACGUUUGAGCACUGUCUCGGCCUGUUGAUCAAGGCCAGCACUCUACUUCCCUCUGACAGAGACAGCAGGAUGUGUCGAGACAUCACAGACGGAGCAUACCCAGGCUACAUAGCCAAACCACGGCAGGACUGCAGUGCCACCUCCACAUUUUGGAUUGCUAACCCCAAUAACAACCUGAUCGACUGUGCAGCUGCAGGUUCUGAGGAGACAGGCUUCUGGUUUAUUUUCCACCACGUCCCCACCGGUCCAUCAGAGGGCAUGUAUUCACCAGGCAAAACAGAACACACUCCACUGGGACAAUUCAUCAACAACCGAGCCCACUCUAACUAUAGGGCAGGGAUGAUCCUUGACAAUGGUGUAAAAACCACUGAAGCUAAUGCCAAGGACAAGAGACCCUACCUGUCACUCAUAGGGGCCAGGUAUAGCCCUCAUCAGGAUGCCGACCCCUUUAAACCCAGAGUGCCUGCUCUCAUCCACCACUUCGUGGCUUAUAAGAACCAGGACCAUGGGGCGUGGCUCAGGGGAGGAGACAUCUGGCUCGAUAACUGCCAGUUUGCCGAUAAUGGGAUCGGCCUCACUCUAGCCAGUGGAGGUACCUUCCCAGAUGAUGACGGCUCCAGGCAAGAGGUGAAGAACUCGCUGUUUGUGGGAGAGAGCGAGAACCGAGGCAUGCCUGUCCCCGAUGGCCGCAUCUGGGGACCGAGUGGUUUGGACCACAGUGGCAGGACUCUCCCGAGAGGAGUGGAUUUCCCCAUUCGUGGCAUGCAGAUCUACGAUGGCCCCAUCAACGUCCAGAACUGCACCUUCCGGAAAUACGUCGCUCUAGAUGGACGGCAUACGAGCGCUUUCGGCUUUCGCCUCAACAAUUCAUGGCAGAGCUGUCCCAACAACAACGUCUCCGAGAUCACAUUUGAUGACGUUCCGAUCACAUCUCGAGUGUUCUUCGGAGAACCGGGUCCCUGGUUCAAUGAGAUGAACAUGGAUGGGGAUAAGACCACCAUUUUCCAUGAUGUGGAUGGCUCGGUAAGCGAGUACCCUGGUGCCUUCUUGGUCAAAGAGGACAACUGGCUCCUGCGCCACCCUGAUUGCAUCGACGUGCCGGACUGGAGGGCCGCCAUCUGCAGUGGACGCUAUGCUCAGAUUUAUAUCCAGGCCCGGAACCCAGCCAAUCUAAAUCUGAAGAUGGUGAAGGAUGAGUAUCCGGACAAGCCACUGGAGCUGGUAGGAGCUCUGGGGAAGAAGCAUCACUACCAGCAGUUCCAGCCUGUGGUCAUGCUGGCUAAGAGCUACACAGUGCAUUGGGAUGCUGCCGCACCGGCUGAAGUCACUGUAUGGAUCAUCAACUUCAACAGGAACGACUGGAUAAACAUUGGCUUCUGUUACCCGAAAGGCACAACGUUCAGCAUCAUCUCUGACCUUCACAACCGGCUCACCAAGGAGACGAGGAAGACGGGGACGUUUGUGAAAACAGCUCAGAGGGAGAAGAUCAGCCACACACACCAGGCAAGGGGUUAUUACUACUGGGAGGAGGAUACUGGGUUGCUCUUCCUCAAGGUCCAGGCUCACAAUAACAGAGAUGCCUUUGCAUUCUGCUCACUGAAGGGCUGUGAGAGAGUGAAGAUCAAGGCCAACAUCCCGAAAGGCAGUGGUCCUAGUGACUGCAUGGCACAGGCCUACCCCAGAUAUGCCGAGAUGCCCGUAGUGGAUGUACCCAUGCCCAAGAAACUGCCCCGCUCCAGCCUACCUCAAACAUCUGAGCACUUUAUGGAAGUCAAGGUGGAGUCUUACACCACUCGUUUCUUCCACAUCAAAGAGGACUUUGCCUAUGCUGAGGCCAAUGGUAAGAAGAUCUACCAGUCAGAGGAUGGAAUCCAUCUGACGGUGCUGGAUGGCCACAACGGCAAAGUGAUGGAGACGAAAGGCUUCAGGAACGCUGUGCUGAUGGGCAUCCCAGCUCAGAUCGAGAACUACAUCAACAGCCUGAGUGACGACUCUGUAGUGAUGAUUACCUCCAAGGGCAAGCUGGUCACAAGGGGACCUUGGACCAAGAUACUUGAAAAGCUGGGUGCUGACCCGAAUGUGAAAUUGAAAGAUAAACUGGCGUUCGUGGGCUUUAAAGGCAGCUUCAGGCCUGACUGGGUGAGACUGGAGGUGGAUAAAGAGCAUGCCAAGCUUCACCAGGUGCUACCAAUGCCCAUUGUACGGGUGAUGAAGCUCUGAGAUCCUCCAGCGCUGCCCCUGAUCACUCAUGCACAGCCAGAACUACUGAACUCCGCCGGCCAAUCUAAAGCAAGCAUGCGUUCGCGUCACUCUUCUCAUCCGGAUCAGUGUGUGAUGUCGAUGUACGUGAUAAUGUGGACAUUAUGUGAAUCUUUCAGAUUGUGUUGUCAGUGUAAAUAUAAUUUCUGCCACAUGAGAGAGAAAAAUGUGAGAAAGAUGCACCACAUUCCUUGUUUUUUUUUUUCUGCCCUCUCUCUGUGGUGAUUGUCAUUCCAAAAAAAAAUCAUGUUUUUCUAUCCUGUAAAAAAAAAAAAAAAAAAAAAAGUUUUCAGAUUGUCAACGUUGUGAGGUCUGAGGUUUUUGCCAUUUCAUUAUAGCAUACCGGAUUUUGUGGUCAGUUUGUUGUAGCAUACGAGAGAACCAGAAGGAAAAGAGCAUGCAGUCAGACUUAAUGAAUAGCUGCAGAGGGGAAAAAAAAGCACAGCUACGUAUAUGCGUUUGGGUUUAAACCUGUGAAAAGAUUUGACAACGUGUAUUCCAUCAGGCAGGGAAAUAGCCGAAAUAGCUGGUCUUUUUUCGGAGGUCUUGAUUUGUUAGUGAUUUGUAUGUUUUAUGUGUUUCUAAAAUCCUUCAGAUUGAUAACAGAGAUAUAUUUUCUACUUAUUUAUUGUACAGGCACUAUUGAGCAAAUUCAAAAUGGACAUCUCUUUUAAGUUGUAAUGUAAUUCUGUCCAAUCUGUAAAAAAAAAAUUGCAUCUGAACAAUAUUCCACUUUCUUGUAUUAUUGGAAAUUUGCAUACAUUAACCUUGAGUUGUAUAUUGAUGUGCUGUAAAUGUGACUGAUUUUAAAGUAAUGUAUCACUUUGAAUCAAAACUUUUGUACAGAAAUAAAUGAUAAAGAUAUGA